AUGGCGGAGAUAUCAUCAGGCGUAAAUGGUAACCAUGGAAUGGCGGUGAAUAUAAAGCUGGAGGAAGAUUCAAAUCACCAAACUCUAACCGAGUCAGCAACCAGCAGCCAUGGAAAUUCUUCAGGCUGCAGCCUUCUUACUCUACCUUUCAUACAGAAGAUAAUUGCGGAGAUACUGGGGACAUAUUUCUUGAUAUUUGCUGGUUGCGCUGCGGUGGUGGUGAACGCCGACAAGGACAAGGUGGUGACACACCCGGGAAUUUCAAUAGUGUGGGGUCUGGUGGUGAUGGUUAUGGUUUACUCAGUUGGACAUAUAUCUGGUGCACAUUUUAAUCCUGCUGUAACUAUUGCUUUUGCUACCUGCAAGAGAUUCCCAUGGAAACAGGUACCGGCCUACAUAUUAGCUCAAGUCAUUGGAUCAACCCUAGCAAGCGGAACCCUAAGAUUACUGUUCACCGGCAAGCAUGAUCACUUUUCCGGCACACUUCCUGCCGGCUCCGAUGUGCAGUCUCUGGUCCUGGAAUUUAUAAUUACAUUCUACCUAAUGUUCGUCAUUUCCGGCGUCGCCACAGAUAACAGAGCUAUAGGAGAACUCGCUGGUCUAGCAGUUGGAUCUACCGUUCUGCUAAAUGUGAUGUUUGCAGGGCCGAUAUCUGGGGCAUCAAUGAAUCCAGCAAGGAGUCUAGGCCCAGCAAUAGUAUCGAAGCAGUACAAGGGGUUAUGGAUCUACAUGGUAGGCCCAAUAACUGGGGCGGUGGCUGGGGCGUGGGUCUACAAUAUUAUCAGAUUUACAGAUAAGCCCUUGCGGGAAAUAACAAAGAGUGGUUCUUUUCUCAAGGCCUCAUCGCGUAACGUCUCCAAUUGA